CUCUCCGCAAAAGACCUCAGUCGAAGAAAAAGGAAAAACAUACAGGUGUGUUGCGCUACAACAGCAGAGUGUAAUUUUUUCGUCUAUCAGUCGAAUUCACCUGAAACGGAACUUUAAUUGGUUCCGAAAGAAAAGUUAUUGACUUUUUUUCACAUACUCGUUCGGUUAGUGAAGUGUUUCGAGGAAGUUUUUAUCAUUCGAUCGACAGUGCAGUCCGUCCUGGACAUGGAACCCUAGAAUAUUGCAUCGCUAACACUAUCGAUUGGUUGGUUGGCAAUAAGUAGGAAAAUUUGAUGUGUGCAAAACUUGAAACGUCAUAUUUCAAUAGGUUGGAACAAAUUUGAGCAGUAACUAACGGUGAUUCAUCGACACAGAUUGUACUCUGAUUGGGAAAACAAAUCUUUCAAGGUCAGCGGAAAAUGUCUAGUCAAAUUCCUCCGCUGUUUUGUCACACUCCUCCUCCUAUGGAUUUUGAUGAUGAUGAAGAGGACGACGUUCCCGAUCCGGAUGAGGAUGACUUUGAUGAUUUUGCAUCGGUACCUGCGGCGAGCGUAAAUACAGAUCUUCCGACGCCAGUAUCGUCACCAUUCCCUGGAUUUGCCACGCCAUCCAGUUCGCCUGUAAAAAAGCAUAUAGCUCAUAAACAAGACGAAAUAUUGCCACAACCUGUGAUAGAAAAUGCUCUGGAUGAUUUGGAAGUAGAUCCGCCUCGAAUCGAAAGUCCCCCUUCACUGAUUUUGUCCCAACAUAUUUACUCGGAGAACGAUUUGCCCAGCGAAGAUGAACUACAAGAUUACGCCUUCAAUCCUCAAGAAGGAGAUCAGAAGGAUACUUCAGUUGGUCCCUCGGAAGCUGAGGACAAUAUAAGCAUUCCAUCACUUCAGCUUGACACGGAGGUAUCUAAAUCUGCGACUCCUGUACAUAUGUCAGAGAACGAAGCCAGUGAGCGCAAUUUGUCACCACAGGAGCCAACGCCGGAAGAUCUUGGGCCGGACCCAAUACAGGAAGCAGUUGUAACACCAGUUGUCGCGGAAGACAUGUGCUGUCGGUUCGACGAUAACACCGAGAACGAUUUUACAGAUUUCACUACUGCAUCCAAUGAACGUUCAGCGGUUUUGGAAGUGCCAACCGCAAACGACGUCUCUUUCGACGAUGAUUUUGCUCUGCUGGAAUCGACACCAUCGGCAGAUAGUAACUUUGUGUCGCAAAGCAAAACCGAUUUUGCGACGUUCGAUGCAGACUUCAGUAAGUUCGAUUCAUUCCCAGCAUCCUUUCCGGCCACUUUUGACGAAGUAGGAUGUGCCCCGAAAGAUAUUUCCACCAGACAACAAAACGGCUCAGAGGAAAAGACCUCUCCAGAUGCGCCGAACGAACAUGAUCUCUCGCAAGACGAUUUUGAUGAUUUCCAAGAUUUUGCCAAAUUUUCCGCGGAUGGUAGUCCAGCCAAAACAAUUGAAGUGGUUACUUUUCCAAUUGGUCCCGAAGAGUCUGCUUGUGAGUAUAAGGAUGAUGAAGAAAAUAGCGAUGAUUUCGGCGAAUUUAGCGAUUUUAAACAGUCGGACGGAGUUCCGGCCCCGGUGAUAUCCAUUCCAACUUCCCGAUCUGUUCAAUUCACUGUGGAAAGUAUUUUGAGUGUUAUCAUCGGUAUGUUCCCGUCCUGUGCAGAGGAAGCGCAAAGCGAUACUGGUCAAGUGAUGGGCAGCGAUUCUCUGCAGAAUGAACUUUACCACGAGCUGAGGGAUAUGGACUCUACCAAGGCACUUGCGUUCCAGUACAACAGUUCCGAUAGUAGUAAAACGUUGGUUCGAGCGCUUGGUAUCGAUUCGAGAAACAUUCUCUUCGGUCCCAAAUGGAACAGUUCCAUGCCGCGAUUCGCUGCGAACUUAGGCUUCAGCCCCCUGGAACCACUGAAACCGGCGUCGAAUACCACAACUCCCAGUAACGCUAGUAAUCCGCCCAUAUCAAUCGGUGGAACCAAAACCGAAACGGGAACUAAAUAUUCCUCCUUCAGUUUGGAUCCAUUGCCGCAGUCUACUGGUAGCGUAGGCGUCCCCACUGGGAAUGUUCCUGCUGUGCACUUUGACUGGAACAGCUCCGGGUUGAUUAAUCCGCUCGAUGCAUCACACGCACACACAUUAUUAUUGGACCUAGAACAGCUAGAGGUGAUGGCUAAUCUAAAAGAUAAAAUAAAUAUUGAUUCCUCCUCCUCCUCAUGUAACGCUA